AUGGGGCAGAUCAGAAAGAGAGCUCAUCGGCGGAGACGAGAAGAAGGAAUUCCGGGGAGUGUAAACUGGUCGGAGCUUUGUCCGGAUCUGCUGCGACGUGUUUUCGAACGAUUGAGUUUCACAGUCUUAAAUCGAGCAAAAUCGGUUUGUUCUUCGUGGCACUCUGCUUCCAAAGGCUGCAUCCCAAACCGGAAUCAGAUUCCAUGGCUGAUUAUCUUCCCAAACAAGAGCAACAAGAGCAACACUGGCUCGUGUGUGUUGUUCGUUCCGGAGGACAAAGACAAGGUCUACAAAACCAGAGAUCUAGGUGUUGAGUUUGCCAAGAGUCGUUGUCUGAUGACUUGUGGUAGCUGGCUCUUGAUGUCCUGUCCUAGGAGAGAUGUCUACAUGAUCAAUCCUUUAACUGGUGAGAGGAUCGAUCUACCAAAUACUGGGAAACUUAGAGACAGCUUGAAAUGGGAGAAAGCUUGCUUUUGGAUAGACAACGAAACCAAAGAUUACAUAGUAAUCUGGCGGAUGGCUGGGUGUAGUAUGUUUAUCAAGAAAGGAGAUGAUAACAAGUGGCACGAGUUUCCUCUCUCGAGCUGGAGAGAAGACAUGAUCUUCAAUCCCAAGAAUCAAAAGCUCUACCUCUAUCAUCCUAAUAACCAUAUCAACAUUUGGGAUUUCUCUGGAGAUAAACCGCUCCAAGAAGAUGGGUCGCAUCUUGAUUCUUUCUGCUUCAACCACUAUGAUUUUCCUAAUUAUAUUGACGAAGAAUCUGAAGAAGAACUCUAUUGGGAAAAGUUACUUCACGACACCACACGCAUUGCAGUCACAGUCUCUGGACAGGUUUUGAUGGUUGCAUCUAUAAUGUUUAGCUGCAAAACAUGGCAUUUCCGAGUCUACAAGAGAGACCUCGUUCAGAGCCGCUGGGUUAAACUGGAUUCUUUGGGGAAUCAAGCGUUGAUCUACGACAUGGGUAUCACUGUUGUCGCCAAAGGCAUCCCAGGGAUCAAGAGAAACUCAAUCUACUUCAGUGGCAGAGAUGAUCCUGAUCAAAUCUUUGUCUAUCAUCUCUCCACCCAAAAGAUGCAAACUUUGCCACCUCAUGUCUUCUCCUCCGUACACUUCUCUCAUGCUCGAUGGUUUUUGCCCUCCUAG